GCGGGCCAUGAAUAUGGCCUUCGCCGAGUUCGUUAACAAAACCCGACUCACCCAGCCCCUGAUCAAUUUCUGCGUGAUUGUGUACAUGAAUGAUAUUCUGGUCUUUUCAAAAACACACGAGUACCACGUGGAACACAUUGAGUGGGUUUUGCAUGCACUAAAAGAUGCGGGGCUCAAAGUGGCCUUGGAGAAAAGCGAGUUCUUCUUGUCGGAGAUCUCAUUCUUGGGGCACAUCGUCACAGUCGAUGGACUAAAACCGUAUUUGAGGAAGGUGGCAGCAGUUCAAGAAGCCCCGGCGCCGGUCACACUCACCCAGGUUCGGGCUUUUCUAGGGCUGGCAUCCUAUGCCCGACGCUUCAUCAAGUGGUUCGCCGGUAUAGCGAAGCCCCUCACGAACCUGCUGAAGAAAGAGCAACAGCUAAUCUGGACGCCGGAAUGUGAAGCGGCGUUUCAGGCGUUGAGGGAGGCUCUGACAUCUGCUCCUGUAUUGGCGCGCCUCGACACGACAAGACCAUUCGCCUCAUCUGGACACCGGAAUGUGAAGCGGCGGUUUCAGGCGAUGAAGGAGGCUCUGACAUCUGCUCCUGUGUUGGCACGCCCCGACCUGACAAGACCAUUCGCAUUAUACACCGACUGGCAGCCUCAGACGAUAUCGGCGGUGCUGACUCAGCACGAGGCGGAUGGAAGGGAACACGUCAUUGAGUAUGUGUCCAAGACGCUGAGCCAGGCACAGGCUAAUUACGAAGCGUGCAAAGGUGAAUGUCUGGCGGUGGUGUGGGGGAUCCAGCAUUUCCGACCGUAUCUUUACGGCCAGAAAUUGGUGCUGGCCCCUAAGAAGACGCCGAAGAGGAAGAGACGCCACCCGUCGCCAGGAGCGCAAGGCAGCAGGAUCGGCGGCGGCGAGGAAGUGAUUCAGCCCACGCGUGCGGCGACGCUCGUUAAGGAGAUAGUCGUGCCAUCGCCGCCCUUUCCGCGUGUGCCCGAUCUCAAUCUUGAUGGAGCCGGGCCAUCAGCAGCAGCAGCAGCCGGAGGAAGAAGCCGAAUGGGAUUUCUGGAUCCCAUAUCCAAACCCCCUGUCCUCGCGGGACCUCUCCGUUCCCGCCAGCCACCCCGGGGUGCCCCGGUCAUUGACUCAUUGACAUUAGUAGUUCCUCCGAGCCGGACGGUCUAUCCGACAGAGGUGGACUUCAUGGUGAAGCCCGCCACCAUCAGGCUUGAGGCCAUCGUGGGGGCACCGCGCCCUGAUCCGGCAUGGGAGCCAUAUCUGACACCCCCUUUUCAAGGGUGUAUUGCGGCGCGAUUGGCUAGGACGCUCAUCUACGAGACCGGGCAGCGUCCCAAUGCAAUGUACCACUUCCUUGUUUUCGCGGCGCAAAAGCGGGAGCGGCGGCCUUACACCGAGACUUAUGUGGUGAUGACGGGUCCAGGGCCCCGAUCGGUGCGCAAGCGGGUGGUGCGAGCGGUGGCGGAUCUGGCGCCACGUGUMCUGUCUCAUGUGCCGGGGGCCUUCCUCUAUCCCUCGUUCGUCCAGCACCAUUUCCAGGRGGAAGAUGCGCCGACGACUCCCGCGACUAUGGCCGCUUUUCUUCCACUUAUUCCGCCCCUUCUCAAUCCCGACAUCGAUCACUUCCUCUAAUCACCCUCGUCUACCUCACCCGCUUCUCUCUUUCUCCUUCUCUCCAUCAUCUUCUUCUCCUAUGACCAAAGCUCGCACGUCGAGACGCG